UUAAGCGGAGGUCACCUUGCACAGCCAUCGACGUUUUCAAGACCUAAAACCUAAAACCCUACACCCUUGUCCAGCAUCUGAUUCUUGUCUUGCUACGCAUUUGCGCAUAUACUGAUUUAUUUGUGUUAGUUAUCAUGUCUUGGCGGUCUUUUAUUAGUGAUGUGCAUGAUCAUGAACAAAAGCCGAAUGUACUGUAGUGAUUUUACAGACCUUUUGAAUAUGUUGAACCAGUCUUGAUUAGGAAGCACCUCGAAGGUUUUGCACAGCUCUGUGUUGACCAUGUUUUCCGUGGGAAACUCAUGUUUGGCGUGUCUGUGCUUAUAGUUGUGGCGUUUUGUUUUCUUCAGAGAAGAAGUUGUACUAUUUUGUGUAGAAUCUCGUCUGUAGUUUUGGAAAGCAGAUUGAGCAUUUCAUGUGUUCGUAUCCUGUGAUUAGCGUUGAGGUUUUUGUGUCCACCUUGAUUUCUGGUCUUUAGAGUUUGUCUUCCUCUUUCCUGGAUGUGUGUACUUAACAGUCGAGGUGUAAAGCGAUCGAGCCGGCAAGGUUUUCCAUCGCUGUGAUGACAACAGACAUGUGCGAAGUCUAUUGGGUCGUGGUUGUGGGUUUCCUUGAGCAGCAAUCCCUCGUUAUUUGAAUUUAAAUUUACAAUUAUUAGAACACAAAUGUCUGCUCGAGUUUGUAGUCAGCAGUUGCAAGGUCUGACAUUAUGUCUCCGCGGGGAGAGUGAGUGUGUUAGAACGUUACAAGCUCGUGGGAAAAGCCUCUUUCUCGAAGGGUCUGGAAGGUUCGCCUGUGGGAAACUUAUAGUAAGUAAAACGAGGGUUAGAUCGCGCAGCACGCGAUCCCCUCUGUGGUGUGCUGAGUACACAGAUUCACGGGAUCCUCCUCACGAUGUCCGAAGCUGUGAGUUAGAUUUGGUUUCGGUUGGUGGUGAAGACACAGACCCAAGCAGUGAGCAUGUUCCGCAAUCGAUUGACGCAGAGGAGUGCAACAACGAGCAUAUUUCUGUGAAUGGAAACACCGCAGUAGCAGGCGAUGGCCAAUCGACUGGCUGCGCGAACAACCAGGUUCAAGAACAGAGCUCUUCCUUUAAAGAACCUUAUAAACAGAGUAAGACAGGGUGCAUUGGCGUUUCCUCCGUCCGCACAACUGUCUCGAAGCCCAAUUAUGAAUCCACUGUCGGCAACACUUGUCACAGUUUUUCUGUUUUACUUAAAACAUCACCCGACCGGGUAGAAUUUUCGAAACUGGUCGAUGAUUCUUUUGAGUAUUACGUCCCUGUUGUUGGACACCGUGUGGUUGGGGUUGUAGUAUUCGGCAAUCAUGCUAAAGUCGAUGUCGACAUUGGCGCCGCUCAGUAUGGACAGCUGCACAUGCAAGAUCUUCUUCCUCUUGAUCAACUCCCAAUUGAUCAGAAUAAGUGGAUCCUUGCUGACGAUACCAAGAAAGGAGAUGAAGCAGGCGAAGGAAAUGAAAGAGGAGGCCUCGGUACACCACCUCGUGGUCUUCCUUACGUUAUACAUGAUGAGGAAGUCUAUGCUUACGAAUCUCCUGCGCCGCAUUGUGUUGAUAUUGGUACCGUUCUUGAAAUGGAGGUGGUGGGGAAGACGAUGACUGGGAAGCCACUCUUGUCUGCGCGCAAAGCUGCUCAACGCGUCGCAUGGGACCGCGUUCUGCAGAUCAAAGAUGAGCAUGAGUCCAUCGAAGUUGAGAUCGUUGACUAUGGAAAAGCUGGUGUCAUAGCGAGAGUUGAGGGGCUGCGUGCAUUUCUUCCUCUAACUGAAUUUGUAAUUCCACCCGAUACCUCCAAGGGCGAAAGUCACAAAGAUUAUGUAGGUAGAAAAUUAUGGGUGUGCAUUUCUUUUGCAAGAGAGAUUCGUGGGAACAUUGUCAUUAGUGAGAAGGAUGCGUGGAUUCAACGGAAUCUUAAACUUGGGUCUCUUCAUGAUGGCACUGUAACAAAAAUUGUCAACUAUGGCGCUUAUGUCCAGAUCAACCGGACGAACAUAGGUGGAAUAAUACAUAUAAGUAACAUGUCAACUGCUCGGAUUAAUCGAGUUUCUAACGUGCUCAAAGUUGGGGAUCAAGUUAAAAUGAUAGCAGUCGAGUGUCCUACUCCUGGAAAGCUAUCUUUCAGCACUGCUCUUCUGGAGUUCGAGCCUGGGCUUAUGCUUCGGGAUAAGGAGAGAGUGUUCAGAGAAGCUGAGCAGACAGCAACAACACUUAGAAAAGAGCAUUCCGAAGGGAAGCAUCCAUCUAAAAAUAUUGCGGAGAGAUCAACCUACUGGAAAACUUCCAAGUCCAUCUCAAAUUUGGAGUGGCUUGAUUUCAGAAACGGUGAAUCUUACAGCAAUCUUCUACUCGGUAGACUGCGAAAUGAAUGUUUUCCAAUGUGAUUGAGGCUCUGUCGUGAGAUAUUUCCUAUGGAUCGCGAAGCUAAUCUGUCAUUAAUUAUUGAAUAGUCUAGUAAGCGUUGGAAUGAAGCUGCAAAAUUUAAGUGGCCUGGAUGCACACCCUCGCUUCUUAAUGGGACAAGUCUUUUGACAAAAUUCAUGGUGCUUGUUGUGUGCGCUGAUGUACAUCUGUUACACUUGCUUGUGUUGGUAUUUAGCCAGGCUAGGCAGCUAAGUGAAGGACGUCCUCUUCAAACUUGAAGGGGAUGCUAUUCUCAGAUUCCUUUUCUGCCGUUGGGUUGAUUAAAAGUAUUCACAUAGCUCUGCCUGUCAAGGGAAGAUUCGUGCAAAAGAAAAGUUACUUUCACAAUUAACAAACGAAGAGGUUACAUGCCCUGCCAAGUUGUUUGGUGGGGAUUA